AUGGUUAGUAGAUUAUUUUCAUCAAUCGGCGAAGUGUUAGCACCACCACCCGUGCAUUCAGAACUUGAUGAUUUAAAAGCCCAUUGGAGAGCAAUUAGGUCAUUUUAUAUUGACAAAAGAGAUGAUAUUCAAAGUUUUCACGAAUAUCAAUUACCAGGUCAUUUAAUAUCAAUGGGAUUUAUUUUAGCAGGUGAAAAUAAACAAAGUGGUGAUGCAGGUCCUUGUUUAGAAUUCUUUUUAAAGAAUAAAAUUUUAGAAACACUUUGUUUAUUAGGAGAACACGAUAAACCACAAGGUGUUAGAAAAUUAAUUUUACAAACAAUAACAAUGUUAUUGAGUGAUUUAUCAUUACCAUUAUUACCACAUAUGAGUGUACAUAGACCAAUAUGUAGUUUAAUUAAAACAAUGAUAAAUAAACAGCAACAUUUACAGCAACAGUUAAACCAACAGCAGCAACAACAACAGCAACAACAAAACCCAACAACAGUAACGACAGGAUCAACAUUAUUAUUAUCAUCAUCAACAUCAUCAACAACAUCAUCAUCAUCAGCAGUAACAGCACAACAAAUUGAGGAUGAUAGAAGUAAAUUGUUACCAAUUGGUAGAGUACCACUUCAAUCAAAUGACGAUAGCGAGUUUGUUAGUCUUUUAGAAACACUCGCAAUGAUUUUAAUAAAAUAUCCAAAUCUUAUUGGAUUCUUUCAAGAGAAUUCUUUUAAACAGGGUGAAAAUUUUAUAGUAUUUCAAGGUUUAUUAGGUCAUCUUUGGACUCAUGGUUCAAUUGGUGAAAGAGCUAGAAAAGCAAUGAUACAAUGUUUAGAAUUGAUUUCAGAGGUUUCAACUGAUUCCCCUGAAUCUGCUUUAACUUCUCCUUCAUCUUCAACAACAGGCAGUAUUAAUAAUAACAACAACAAUAAUAAUAAUAAUAAUAAUAAUAAUAAUAAUAAUAAUAAUAAUAAUAAUAAUAAUAAUAAUAAUAAUAAUAAUAAUAAUAAUAAUAAUAAUAAUAAUAAUAAUAAUAAUAGCAAUCAAGAAGAUAAUGUUAGUACAGUACUAUCACCAAAAAAACAACAAAAUAUGUUACCACAAGCACAAACUCAACCAUUAUCUAAUAGUACACAAUUAUAUCCUCAAGAUGAAAAGAUAGAAUUUCUUCAUCCAGAUCCAUUAUCUUUAUUAAAUCAUUUAAGAUUUAUGAAUGUUAUGAUCUCAGAGUUGAUUAAAACCUAUAAUUUAUUACCAAAAAAGAUUCAAUCAUCUCAUUAUUCUAUAUCAGGACCACCAAUUUCAACAGAGAAUUUAAAUAUUUUAGAGUAUUUUAAAUCAAGAGUUUCAUUUUGUUGUUCACUUUCAUAUAUUAAACAAAAUAAUAUUGGUGAAUAUGUAUUAAAAUUAUGGGAGGAAUCAUUUUUAGCAGAUACAUUAGGACCAAAUUUAUUGGAUACAGAUGAGGGUAAUUCAUCAACUACUAUGUUAUAUUUAAAAGAGAUAUUACCAUUAUUAGAGGGUCCAAUUUUAGAACAAACCAUUUCAUUUUUAUUAGGUGGUAUUAAUCCAAUUCAUUUUUUCAAUAAAACAACAAAUGCUAAUAGUUCACCAGUACUUUUAAAGAAUAGUAGUUCAUCAAAUUGUAUUACAACAACAACUACUACUAUUAAUUGUAGAGAUGAUGAGGAUUAUUUUAUGAAAACAACAUUAAUUCAAAGAAUAUCAAGUAAAAAUUUUAUAGUUUCAAUAUCAGCAUUAAGAUUAUUUUCAACAUUAGUUGGUUUAAGAGAUUUUAAUACACUUUAUAAUUUAAUUUUAAUUCAUCUUUAUUCAAAUUAUAACAAUAAUAAUAAUAACAAUAAUAAUAAUAAUAAUAAUUUUAAUUAUCGCGGAUUAAAGAAUUUACAAUUAGCACAAAGAUCAAUCACUAGCUAUUUAAAUUUAUUUGGUAAUAAAUAUUCAAAUAUAUCACAAAACUCUAGUGAAUCAAAUGGUAAUUUAUCAAGUAUAUUUCAAAAUAAAGUUAAUUCACAAACGAAUGGGUAUAGUGCAUAUUUAGUUGAUGCACGCUAUCAAAUUUCAUUAUACUCUUUAGCUUGUUCAAAUUGGCCCUCUCAAUUUUUAUUUCAACAAAAAGAUAAUAAUAAUAAUAGUAAUAGUAAUAAUAAUAAUUUAGCAUCACCAACAUCUCCAAUUAAAAAACAACAAAGUAAUGAAUCACAAUCUUCAAAUAAUAAUAAUAAUAAUAAUAAUAAUAAUAAUAAUAAUAAUAAUAAUAAUAAUAAUAUCAAUAAUAAUAAUGAUAAUAAUUUUAAUAAUAAUAAUAAUAAUAUUGAAUAUCAUGGAAUGUUUUUAGAAGAACUUUUUGAACUAUUUAAAAAUUGUCUUUCACUACCAAUAGAGAUUAAUUUUGUUAUUACUGGUAUUUUUUCAAAACUCUGUUAUUAUCCUUGUCCACUUUUAUUCCCAAAUUUAAUUCAUUGUGAUAAUAAUAAUAUUAAUAGCGAAAAUAAUAAUAACAAUAAUAAUAAUAAUAAUAAUAAUAAUAAUAAUAAUAAUAAUAAUAAUAAUAAUAAUAAUAAUAAUAAUAAUAAUAAUAGCAAUAAUAAAAAUAAUAAAAAUAAAGAUCAAUUAGAUGAAGAAGAGUAUGAUGAAGAUGAAGAGUUAUUUGAGGGACUUGACGACAAUGAUGGUGAUGAUGAUGAUAAACUGGAAAUAAAAACAAAAUUAACUAAAAAUGAAAAUCAAAACAACAAUGAUAAAAAUAACACCAAUGAUACCAAUAAUAACCAUGAUAAAAAUAAUAACAAUAGUCAAUCUUAUUAUAACCCUAUUUCAAUUUAUAAUGUUUUGUAUAAUUUAUCAAAAGAAAUUGAAGAAAGAUCGAAAUCAUAUCAAUUUUUUAAUGAAAUUUUAGAUAAAUUAAGAAUUUAUAUGACAGAUUCAAAUAGAAUUGCAUCAAAUGAAGAGAAUCAUUUUCCAGAUGAUCCAGUAUUAUCAUCAUUAAAAUCUUCUGAUAUAAAUUUCUUUAAUGCUGUAAUAAUACUCGAAGAAUUUUGUAAAGAAUUGGCAUCAAUACUCCAAAGUAGAGUUGUUUUUGAACCAAACUAG